AGCGGGCGGGCGCUGGGGCGACUGGGAGAGCUGUGCGGCGUGCGCGAGCACGAGGCGUAGUGGCCUCCCCCGAGGCUGAGGCGGCGGCGGGCGCGCGCGGCGGCAGCGGCGGCGGGUGCGACGCGCGGGCUGUUGUGUUGCGGCUCUCCCUUUUCCCUUCCUUGGCGGGUGGAGGAGGCCGAAGCGGUGUUGGGCGCUCUCCCCGUUCCUCUCCCUACGGCCACUUCCCCCGGCCCUCGCGCUGCGCGGCCUCUCCGACGCAAGACUGUCCCUGCCCCGAUAUGGCUCGUGGACAGCAGAAGAUUCAGUCUCAGCAGAAAAAUGCCAAAAAGCAAGCUGGACAAAAGAAGAAACAAGGACAUGACCAAAAGGCUGCUGCCAAAGCUGCCUUAAUAUAUACCUGCACUGUCUGUAGGACACAAAUGCCAGACCCUAAGACCUUUAAGCAGCACUUUGAGAGCAAGCAUCCUAAGACUCCACUUCCUCCAGAAUUGGCUGAUGUUCAGGCAUAAAGUUUACAGGUGAAUUCAUGACACCUUUGACUUCUACUGUCUCAGAACUUAGGUAACAAACCUGCAGCUGCUUUUCUAACAAACUGUUGAUCAGCAAAAAUAGAGGGGCUACAGAAACACUCAUUUUUAUGCUGUUCCCUUUUGGGCUUCAUGCAAAGACAAUUCUGUGUAAAUGUACAGUUGACCCUGAUUUGGAAAUCUGAAAAUCAGUCCAUCCUUGUUACAAAAAAUUUUUUUACAAUUGUAAUUAUAUUGAUGUUCAUAUUGUGUAAAAUAACUCAUUUAAUAAAAUAGUACUUUGAUUUUACAACAUCACAGGAUAAAUGGUUCUAGAAAUUCUGUUUUACCUUUCCACAUUAUUUGCCUUACAAAAAUCUAAUAAAUUCAUCAUCUAGAAUUGCAAGUGCAAUUCUUAUCUCCCUUUCUCAGCUCAGUGGCAGUUUCAUCAAACUAGAGCAGACUCAUUCAUUAAAUUUCUGCACAUAAUUUUAUUGGCAUCUACUAAUCUAAAUGAAGACUUAACCUGAUGCUUCAGUCUUGCAGUCAUGGGUCAUUUCUCCCUCUGAUUUGUUUCUUGUGUGUGAGGUUGGAAUAUUGCAACUUGCUGUACAACCUGGUUAUAGUUGCCAGCCAGGUAUACACUGUAUAUAACUGAUAAAUUCCUAACGCGGUUGAACUGUCAGUGAGCCCUUCUGAAAGAUCAGGUUCUGAAGUACAUGCCACAAUGAAAUAAUCAGCAGUAAGCCUAUCAUUUAGUACAAAAUACGAUGGAACAUAAGUGAACUGGUAAAGAUCUAUCUUUUAUAAAUUAUACUGGAUUCUUUGAAAAUUCUUGAAGUUCUUUAAUUUGAAAUUGAAACUCAAAAAUUUUGAGGGAGUUUUUGGAUGUUAUUAAAGAUUUGACCAAUUUUAUGAAUGGACUUUUGUGUUAACAGGAAGAUUGGAAUGACUUGUGGCUGGUUUAGUUCCCAAAACCUUCUCGUACGUUUCUUUUCAAAAUGAGUAGUUGAUUUUAGGAGUUUACUUUGUGCUGGUUCCUAAAAUCAAAGACGGUGUACAUUAUGACUUCUGUCUGAGCCAGGAUAAUAUCCACAUUGUUUUGGCUCUAAGGAUGAGAUUGUGGGUUGGUUCAGAUGGAUGAUAAGGAUAAAUCCUGCCCAGAUAAGGAAACUACUUUUAGGGUUCUUCUGAUUUGCUUUUGUCAGCUAUUAACUUUAUGAGUGAAACUGCUAUAACUCAGUUAAAAAAAUUUUAAGUUAAUAUAAUAGGAAGAAUGCUCAAAUAUUUACUAGUGAUUGCUUAGAGCCACAAAUCUGAUCCUGUGGAUUACAAAAUGCAUUCCCUCUUGCUGCUGUAACUUACCACUGCAUUUUGUAGCCGUGCAUAUUCUGCCCACCUUGUUUGUCUUCACUAUAAGUUCAAGAUAUUUCCAAGGAAAAGUUUCAGUGGUGAUAGUUCUUAAUGACUCCUUAUAUUCUUACUUUAAAGUAAUCUUUUUUUUCAUGUAUUUAAUUUCCUAAGUUUCAGAUUUUAUAUCUGUUAUUUCCAAAUAUGUUGGUUCCCAGAACAUUAGAAUUUGCCUAAUUGCUUCUGGUGGGUGUUACAGAAGUUCUGGUUAAAUUAAAGGUUUUUAAAAGUGCUUUGAGCAUAUGUAUGUUUCUGUUUAGUAACAAAUCAUUCUACAACCAUUCACAAGUUUUGGUUUAAUAUUUUUUUCAUUUGUUUUACUGACUGUAAUUCAGUAUAAAAUCUUUUUGUUCUUGUAUUUAACCCUUUUUUAUAAGCAGCUGAAGACACCAUAUUUAACUUUAUAUCUCAGUGAUAAGGAAAUAGCUGCAUUUUUCUUGCAUAGGAUUAAUUUUCAUACUUCACAUGAAGAUUACAAUCCCCUUUUUAUUGUAUUUGAGUUAAAUCUGCUGUAAGGGGAAAAUUACAAUUCUUUUAAACAUCUUCAUGGUUUAGUUUGAAGAUUCUUUAACAGAUCACAGCAAAGUUCAUUAUAAAACUGUUAUGGUGUCUUCAAAGACUUGAUAAAAUACACUGGGAGAGAACUGACCCGUUUGUUUUCUGUAUUUCCAUUAAUGUUGCCAGAAGGAAUGGGGUGAAGAUUAAAUUUGUUUCCAUUCUACUUGGUAUGGAUCUACAUCCCCAUGUUUAACUGACACACUGGGUGCUCAGUUGUGUGCUGUAAUGUCUUAUUAAAGAAGAUAUUAAAACUAAA